AUAGACCAACACAAACGCUUCGUAAAUUUUGUCUGACAACACUCAAUCUGCACAAAGUAUAUUUUAGAUAAGCACUUUAUAAAUAUUUCAUUAGGUUAAAAAAUAAACCUCUCUUAGUCUAUCUUUAAUUCAUUUCCUGACUACCGACAUUAAUCUGAGGCGAUAUGCCUGGAUUUGUUGCUGUUCAUACUGGAGCUGGUAACUGCAUCGAUGAAACAUUAUACAAAAAUGUUUGUAAGGAGGCAUGCAUCCAAGGAGUUAGUGCAUUACAAAACGGAGGAAGUGCCUUGGAUGCAUGCGAGCUAGCUAUCAUGACCUUGGAGAACUCCUGCGCGACAAACGCUGGACUUGGUUCAAAUUUAACCUGGGACAGACGAGUGGAAUGUGAUGCAUGUAUAAUGGAUGGAGGAAGUUUGCAGUUUGGAGCCUGUACUAACGUUUCCGAUGUAAAGAAUCCGAUCAGCUUAGCUCGACACAUAUGUGAAAAACAAUCGAAUCUAUUGAGCUUCGGUAGGAUUCCGCCAAUGGUGCUGUCGGGGAGAGGUGCUUCUGCUUACGCGAAAGAAAUCGGACUACGUAUUGUUCCUAUGGAGCAUAUGAUUUCAGCAAAAGCAGCCAAAAGCUAUGAACACUAUAGGAAAAGUAUAGCAAAAUACGAGGAAAUGAAUCAAUUAAAGUUAUCCCCCUUGGACACAGUGGGAGCGGUUUGUGUCGACGCUGGGGGUUCUAUAGUAGCUGGAUGUAGUUCAGGAGGAUUAUUGUUGAAAGUGAGCGGACGAAUAGGGCAAGCUGCAACCUAUGGAGCUGGAUGUUGGGCCAUGAUGGACGAACCCAGCUGCAUGUCUGCCGCCACAUGUACAACAGGCAAUGGAGAGUAUCUGAUGAAAACGCUUUUUGCUAAAGAACUAGUAGAAGAUUUGAUCAACUGUAACUGUCCAAUAACCUCACAGCACCAAAUAUAUCAGAAAAAGCUGCUGAAUUCUCCGUUUUUGGCAAAGCAGAACGAAAUCCAUGCCGGGUCAUUAUCGAUAAUCUACAACACUGCCAGUAAUGAUGGUGAUCUAUUGUGGGCCCAUACCACUAAUUCAAUGUGUUUGGGUUUCCAAUCAACGAAACAGAAGAAGCCGAAGUUCGUUUUAUCAAAGCUUCCUCCGAAUCUCUCCUGUGGAACUAAAACUAUUGUUAGCGGUCAUCACUUUAAGCUAUCUUAUUGACUGUCAGUACGCAUGCAUUGUUGCUGUGCUGAGUACGAGAUUGGUCUUUACUUGUAUGGUUUGAAAGGAAGUUCCUCGUAUUCCGCAGUGCCUACCGACCAUGUGGUAUUUGGCGGCUGAUAGCUUUCAGCCAUAGAUUUGACCGAUGAGGCUUCCACUCCCGCGUUGUGACAACCGGCAGAAACUGAAGUUAGUGAGUUACGCGACAUCCUACUAUGUCGACAACUGAAUGGUUGAAUGAACUUCACCUCCGUUGGAGUUCUAUCAGAAGUUUGUCAGCAAUGUCAGGCGUAAAAGGACUGUAGCUUUGAAGCUGUAAUUUUAUAAUUGUAAUUUUUAGUCGGCCGAACAAAACAGAACUACAACCGCCAUGUUGCUAGAAUUUCACUACAAAGAAUUUAAAUAAAAUUUUUCACUUUGUCUCGCCUUAA